GGAAGGAGGGGGACUACAGUUCCCAGAGCCCCAGGCUGGGCAGCCGCAGUGCGAGCCGUUACACCCCCUCCCCUCCCGGUGUAGAGAAGCGCAGAGAGCCGGGCUGGCGCUGAUGAGAACGAGGGGAAGAGCGGGGAUCCCUGCGCAGCACGAGCGGCCCUCGGUAGGCCAGGCGCGAGCGCGAAACGCUUCGGGACCGAUCGGGCGUGCUCGCGCCGCGGCGGCUGCGCUUAUUGCGAGAGAGAAAGUGACGCCGCUGCGCACCGGGAGGAUGCGGGAGGCUGCGCUGUUGCUGGCCGGCGGCUGCCCUCCGCCUUUCCCGCCGUUGCUGCAGUGCUAGAGUCGUCCUUCACUUUCUACCCUGCAGAAGAAGGGGCCAUGUAACCGCCUUCCUCCGCCUUCCCCACCCCGGGACAGCCACCGAUCCUCCCACCUCCCUCGUUCCGGAGCCCGACCGCCGCUGCGCUCCCCGGCCAAGGGCGCAACCAUGAAGAAGCAAUUCAACCGCAUGCGGCAGCUGGCCAACCAGACAGUGGGCAGGGCUGAGAAAACAGAAGUUCUGAGUGAAGAUCUUUUGCAGGUGGAGAAGCGCUUGGAGCUGGUGAAGCAGGUCUCCCACAGCACACACAAGAAGCUGACGGCAUGUCUUCAGGGGCAGCAGGGAUCGGAUUCUGAUAAGCGCUCGAAGAAAUUGCCUUUGACGUCACUUGCUCAGUGUUUGAUGGAGGGUUCAGCUAUCCUAGGAGAUGACUGCCUGCUUGGGAAGAUGCUGAAAUUAUGUGGAGAAGCAGAGGACAAGCUAGCUCAAGAGCUCAUCCACUUUGAACUGCAAGUUGAAAGGGAUGUGAUUGAGCCACUGUUUGUGUUGGCAGAGGUAGAAAUCCCAAACAUUCAAAAACAGAGGAAGCACUUAGCAAAAUUAGUUCUGGACAUGGAUUCAUCAAGGACAAGAUGGCAACAGUCAGCCAAGUCUUCAGGCUUGUCAAGCAACUUGCAGCCUUCGGGUGCCAAAGCGGAUGCUCUCAGGGAAGAGAUGGAGGAGGCAGCAAACAGAGUGGAGAUUUGCAGGGAUCAGCUCUCAGCUGACAUGUACAAUUUUGUGGCCAAAGAGAUAGACUAUGCAAACUAUUUUCAGACUUUAAUAGAAGUGCAAGCAGAGUACCACAGACAGUCAUUAGCACUUUUGCAGAAUGUGUUGCCUCAAAUCAAAGCACAGCAGGAAGCUUGGAUUGAAAAGCCUUCCUUUGGGAAGCCCCUAGAGGAACACCUAGCUGUCAGUGGCCGGGAGAUUGCCUUCCCUAUUGAGGCCUGUGUCACUAUGCUCCUUGAAUGUGGCAUGCAGGAGGAGGGCUUGUUCCGUGUGGCUCCCUCUGCCUCCAAAUUAAAGAAGCUUAAGGCAGCAUUGGACUGCUGUGUUGUGGAUGUUCAGGAGUAUUCCGCAGACCCUCAUGCCAUUGCAGGGGCACUGAAGUCCUAUCUUCGGGAGUUGCCAGAACCACUCAUGACCUUUGAACUUUAUGAAGAAUGGAUUCAAGCCUCUAACAUUCAGGACCAAGACAAGAGAUUGCAAGCACUAUGGAAUGCCCUUGAGAAAUUGCCUAAGGCCAGCUACAAUAAUUGCAGGUACCUGAUCAAAUUCCUUGCAAACUUAACCGAGUAUCAAGAUGCAAACAAAAUGACACCAAGCAACAUAGCCAUUGUGCUGGGGCCAAACCUUCUCUGGCCUCAGACAGAAGGAAACAUCACAGAGAUGAUGGCAACGGUCUCCCUACAGAUAGUUGCAAUUAUUGAACCCCUUAUCCAGCAUGCUGAUUGGUUCUUUCCAGGAGACAUUGAAUUCAACUUGACUGGAAACUAUGGAAGCCCCGUGCACGUGAACCACAACGCAAACUACAAUUCUAUGCCAUCACCCGAUAUGGAUCAUGCUGACCACAAGCACUCAGAUCAGACCCGGCGACCACUCAGUGUGGCCACUGACAACAUGAUGCUUGAGUUCUACAAGAAGGAUGGCAUGGGCGUCCGGGUGAUGGACACCUCUUGGGUGGCUCGCAGAGGCCCCUCCAUAGUUCGUAAGGCAUCCUCCACCCCUCCUGCCAUGCAGCCCCCUGCUCCGCCUUGUGAUCUUGCUGCUACUCCUCAGUCACCAAUCCCUGAGCAAUCUCUUGACAUUUCAGCUACUCCCUCCCCUACUCCAACUAGCUUCGGGUUCCCAUCAGGGGUUGAUCGAGCAAGCACGGAAGGUGUGUCGUCUAGUUGGUCGGAUUCCUGUUACAUCUACCCAUCCCCUGAAGACGACAAGUCUCCCCUGUACCCCUACUUCUCUUCCUUCUACCCGUACCCCUCCAGGACCAGCCCAGGCACUAGGCUUGAGCCUCCCUUGCCACUGUACCACUGGGCAGGGAACAACCCAACACUGCCUCCUCCUUGUUCUUCCUCCUGUUCUUCCUCCCCCUCCUCUCAGCCAUUUGAUAUUAAUUUCCUACAUCUCCCUAAGCAGAUUUCCCUCACAGAACUGCAUGGUCCUGAGACUAACCUUUCCUCUGCCACCACAAAAACCACCUUCACCUUAUCCAAACCUGAUCCUCCUGGCACUCUGCCGUAUAGCUCCAGCAUGUCAGUUUCUUCCCCCUGGGUCAGCUGCACCUGUGCCAGAGACAGAGGAGCCGGGCUCACUAGCACUCUGAAAACCAAGGAACUCUCACUAGUGUCUGGGCAGAAAGGGAGCCCAGCUUGCAGCCAUACAACGCCAUGUGGUGGGACUGCACAACAGCCCCCCGGUCCCACACCGCAGCUCUCCACAGAACAAAGCCCACACACUCUGCGGAAAGUUUCAAAGAAGCUGACCCCACUCCCCGCCAAGGGUCCUUAUGGCCAGUCCGGUGGUAUGUCUGAUCCAUCGACAGGGCAGCCAUCUCCGGCCAGCCUUUCUCCCACUCCACCCAGCACUCCAUCGCCCUAUGGACUGAGUUACCCACCAGGCUACUCCUUGAGUUCAGGCCCUCUCUCCCCAGCGGCAGCUCCUUCCCUGUCUUCUCCCCCUUCCCUAACGAGCACUUUAACCAAAUCUCGGCCCACCCCCAAGCCACGACAGAGGCCGACACUGCCACCUCCACAGCCUCCCACAUCCAAUGCAUCUGGCUCCAGUCCACAGUCCACAGAGCACACCAUACUAGAUGACAUGUCUCCUGGAGAGAGCAUGUCCACAGAUCUGGCCCACCUUGAUAUCCCUUCCAUCCAUGUAGAGGUUGAUGCCACACAUCACCUGGAUCCCUCAGGACAAGUCCAGAGACAUCCGGUACCAGGAAAAAUCAGUUCAGAGGAGGAUUCAGAAAGCACCGCCCUAUGACAUGAAGUCCCCUCUUGUCCAUUUAGAGUGCUUUCUUGUACAUAUCAGUGCCCCAUGAACACUGCUGAAGGAGGCAUAUCCAGAGACCUUGUCAAGGGAUGUCUCUUCUGGAGUUUCAGUCAUCAGCCACUUGUGCAAGACUGACAGCCCUCUGGGCCUGGUGCUAAGCCUGUCUCUGUGGCAAAGGGCAUUGCUGGUGCAAUUUCCAUUCAGUUAUUUUUUCUCUUCUGUUUGUUUAGCCUUAUCCAAAUUUUGCCUUUUUGAUGUGGUGCCUAUUUAUCUCCUUUAUAAGCUUUUGGACCCUUAUCUUAAAAAAAAAAAAAAGUUUUAUCUGCCCUGUCCGGGGAUUCAUUUCAUUCCAGCCUUGAACAAAGAACAAGGAGAUGAGAGGGGCAGACUGUCUCCCUGGGUGAAUGACAUGGAAGACCUUUGCCGUCUCUUCUUUCCUUUCUAUGGUUGCUCCUGCGGCCCCUCCCCUUUCCAGCAGCUAAAUCUCCAUAUGUCCAGUUCAUGCUGCUCGUCCUUGCAGAUCAGCCAAGGAACAUCAUUCUGUUUCUCCUGAAAGCCAUAUUUGGGGGGGGGGGUUCUGGAAUCUUCAGAGCUCCUGUUCUUCUCAUCCCUUUCCCAUAACAUCUUCUCCAGUACCUGGGCCUAUCUUGCAUUCCAUUCCUUCUUUCCUUGACUCCCUUUUGGUAGCAAAGAGCAACUUAUGGACAAUGGAAGAGCACAGCAUUGCGUCACUUGGCUUUGGCCGGAAUGAAAGUCUGUGAGAUUGUCUGGGAAAUGCCCCCCACCCAUGGUUAUUUGAUUAGCAAUAAAAGUAUAUCCUUUGCAGUGUGUUUUUGGAGGUGGAACCUGGCCAUGAGUUCUUCUUCACCAGCACCAUGGGCUUACUCCCCUCUCCCCCACAAGGGCAAGGAAAAGGGAGAGAAAUUCCCCUAGCAGGACACAUUUGUAGUGGGUAGAUUGCAGCUCCCCAUAGCGUUGCAACCAGGAUCCAACUGAGCAGGGCAAAACUCUCAGCUGUGCAUGCAAAGACAGAUGUUACUAGCUUUUAUCCUUUUCAAAGAGUUGAGAUAUACCUGUCAAGAUGGAUAUAUAUUUGUAUAUACAAAGUCUAUAAAUAUAUAUAUUUGGUUUAUUCGGGGCCAUUCCACCUGAACUGUUGUACAAAUGUACAAUGUAAAUUUAAAUGCUUAUAAUGACUCUUCCAAUCCAUAUGUACAUACAUACAUAGUCACACUCUGAUUGAUGGUAAAUGUCUCCUGACUCUUCUUUGGCAGCAUUUUUGCAAGUCCAUAUGCUCUUGCUUUGCUACCAGUUGUGAUAUUGUGUACCUCAUUGCCCAAACUAGAAAAAGCAACAAACCAGGUGCACACUUUUGGUAAAAGAAGGGGUGGUAGUAUUUUAACAGUUCCCCCAGUUCUGUCACCUGGUGUUCUUGCUGCUCAAAAAGGGAGCCGUAGAGCCAGUACAGGCACAGAGCAGGUCCUUCUUUGGAGCAAUCUCCUGCUUUCUCCAUUUCUGGCCUCAAUGCUCCACUCCACCAACUUACAGUGUCAUUAAAGUACAGUUAAUGA